UUUUUUCUUUUCUUUUCUUUUUUUUUUCACAUUUCAAUAUUACACAUUACCAUGCAGUGACUUCAAUAACUUUUCUUUUUUUUUUGGAAAUGAAUGUGAGAUCGUAUGAAUGUAUUAUUAUUGCUUCUUGGCCUUAGCAAUAUCUCUUUUCUGAACUGAGUCUUGAAAUGAAACUCUUCCUGCAAUUUCUAGCUUUUCCUUUUCCAUUUUGAAUUUGUUUUGUUUUGGAUACCCAUAAACUUUGAAGUAUUGGAAUGUACUCUACAAUCUGUGAUGCAGAAUAAAAUUCUGGAAGAUGCAUUAUCUACCAUGUCAUAAUAUAUUUCCAAACCAUCUGCAUGGUUAUUAGAAAGUCUGCAUGUUUUUCUCUUUCUUUUAUCAUGUCUUUAGCAUUGUUUUUAUCCCUAAUAAAAUAAAAAAUAACAAUUAUACAUUUUUUUAUCACUGCGAAAUGAAUCUUUAGCAAUGUCUUCAAUGAUGACUGCUAAUGCAUUUACUAUUUGCUCUUACAACAACAAACAACAACUACGCCUUAUCCCAGAUUUGCUCCUAGUAAGAGUAAAUUUUGUAUUGAGAAGGGAGGGACAGAUAUCAUAAAAAUAUUUAACCAUGAUAAUAUUCAUGAUAUCCCUUUAUUCUUGUAGUUGUUUUAUGCUGUUUCAUGCUACCCUAUAUUUCAAGUUUGUGCUUGCAGUAAUCCUGCUAAUUUGCAUGAAGGUUUUCCUUAAACCUUGUGCAUUUUGGGAUCCAUGCAGAUGUGAUCAAUAGAACCUGUCUCAGUCUAAAGCACGCCAUCCUUUCUCUGCAAAGUUAUUUAUCUUGAGUUAGAUGUUUUGAGGUCUGGAUAUCAAACAGAUGUAAUCAUGCAUGUCAAUUCACGUGGAAUUUGGUUUGUCUGAUCAUACUUACUGUGACUCUUCUAAAUGAAUUCAUGAAGUCCGUCACUUUUGUCAGGAUUGUGUUGUAUGCAGUCCUUUUAAAGCUUAAGACAGUCAGCCUUGCUGUUGGAUUCGGUUGCUGUCAUUAUGGUACGAAAUAGUGGUAGCAGUUUGUGGUGAUGCUGGUAAGAUUAAUUAUAUGUGAGCAUUUAGGUGGAUGCAAAAGUGUGCUUGCAGUAGCAUUGAUAGUCCAAGAAAAAAAAUAAAGGAUUGAAACCAAAAGAGAAAUCAGAACUAUUGGUAACUGAAAUUUUCCUCCAAGUAAUUUCUUUCUGCCACCAAAUGCAUGUAAUUUGCCAGUAUCUGAUUAUGUGUGAAUUAAUAUGCCAGCGUCUAUUUCUUAUCCUUGUAACUGUCAAUAUAAAACAGCUGACUAAUUUUGUGGAGCAAAAAGCCCUACUACAAUUUAGGCUACGCUUGGUAAAGGUUGACAUGGUCAUAGUACCGGCAACAACUGGGCAGAUGGGUGUUCUCCCUGGACAUGUAGCAACAAUUGCAGAGUUGAAACCUGGUGUUCUAUCUGUACAUGACGGUAAUGAUGUCAGCAAGUAUUUUGUCAGCAGUGGCUUCGCAUUCAUCCAUGCAAACUCCGUCGCUGAUAUAAUAGCUGUUGAGGCUGUGCCGGUGGAUCAAAUUGAUGCGAACCUUGUCCAGAAGGGUCUUCAAGAUUUCACUCAGAAGCUGAACUCGGCCACAACUGAUUUGGAGAAAGCUGAAGCUCAGAUUGGGGUUGAUGUCCAUAGUGCUCUGAACUCUGCCCUCACAGGCUAAGUACUGUAGUUGAGUUUCCUUUUAAAUUGCUUAUUUUCCCCCAAGUCUGACCGUGUGUCAUUGAUUUAUCUCGGUGUAAUCAAAGUUGCUGCAGAACAUUUUCAUCAUGAAUUUCUGUGUUGAAAGUGACUUGAUAAAAUAAUAUUUCAACAGCUCCCAUCUAGCUCAAGGAAGUUGAGCAAGACCUUGAAUUAGAAACGAAAGCUUCAUUUUGGUUUUGGAUUAUAGGUAAU